AUGGGUGAUACGAAUGGACAAGUAAUAGCUGGUGGCAAUGGUGAAGGAAAUCGAUUGGAUCAAUUGAAUUGGCCAACAAAUGUGUUGAUUGACAAAGAGACGGAUAGUCUCAUUAUUUGUGAUCAAGAGAAUCGACGAGUCGUACGAUGGUCACGUCGUAGUGGUACAACUCAAGGAGAAAUCCUCAUCAACAAUAUCUAUUGUGAGGGAUUGGCCAUGGAUGAUCAGAGAUAUCUCUAUAUCUCUGACUUCGUCAAACAUGAAGUAACACGAUAUCAAAUAGGAGACAAGAAUGGAAUUAUCGUGGCUGGUGGCAAUGGCCAAGGUGCUGGUCUUAAUCAACUCAAUUGUCCGUUCUACAUCUUUGUCGAUCAACAACAGACUGUCUACGUGUCAGACAACAAAAAUCAUCGUGUAAUGAAAUGGAAUAAAGGUGCAAAAGAAGGAAUUGUCGUCGCUGGAGGUCAAGGGCAAGGGAAUACUCUGAAACAAUUAUCGUAUCCUCGAGGACUGUUCGUCGAUACAUUGGGUACCAUCUAUGUGGCAG